UGUUGAUGGGAGGACCGAAUAAAUAGCGAGCCCAGAUGCGCUCCGGGAUGAGACGAGCAGAGGAAGUGAGGAGGAAGCCUCUCAUUGUACUGUGCGCUCACAAGUCUGCGCCAACUGGGCCAAGCUGCAACUUUUUCCUCCUGACUAGUCGCUGCUUAUUUUUUCUCCUUUCCAAUUCUCGCUGAGGUCCCUGAAGUAGACGCCGUCUUCACAGCUGCGAGUUGCGAAAAGCUCAGAAACCAACACUCUUCCUUGUUUUGUUUUGUUUUGUUUAAAAACAUAAUUUCACAAAAUGAUGAUCAUCAUCGCGGAGUUUUUCGUGGUCAUCCUGAAGGUGCUGUGGGCUUUCGUAACAGCCGGGGCCAAGUGGGUGAUACGGCCCAAGGAGAAGAGUGUGGCCGGACAGGUGUGCGUGAUCACCGGCGCUGGAAGUGGUCUCGGGCGGCUCUUUGCUAAGGAGUUCGCCCGGCGGAGAGCCAUCCUGGUGCUGUGGGACAUUAACAGCCAAAGCAACGAGGAGACGGCAGAGAUGGUGCGACAGAUUUAUCACGAAGUGGACGCGCCGACCUCCAAAGACGGCGGCGUUGAAGAAGUGCCUCCCUUCCAGCCUCAGGUGUACACGUAUGUGUGCGACGUGGGCAAGCGCGAAAGCGUCUACUCCACGGCCGAGAAGGUGCGUCGAGAGGUGGGCGAGGUGGACAUACUCAUCAACAAUGCCGGCGUGGUGUCGGGCCACCACCUCCUGGAAUGCCCCGACGAGCUGAUCGAGCGCACCAUGGUGGUCAACUGCCACGCACACUUCUGGACCACCAAGGCGUUUCUCCCCAAGAUGCUGGAGCUGAACCACGGCCACAUUGUGACGGUUGCCAGCUCGCUGGGUUUGUUCAGCACAGCUGGAGUGGAGGAUUACUGUGCCAGCAAGUUCGGUGCCAUCGGCUUCCACGAGUCCCUGAGCCAUGAGCUGAAGGCCUCGGAGAAGGACGGCAUCAACAUGACCCUGGUGUGUCCUUACCUGGUGGACACCGGCAUGUUCAAAGGCUGCAGGAUAAGGAAAGAGAUUGAACCAUUCCUGCCCCCCCUGAAGCCGGAGUUCUGCGUCAAGCAGGCCAUGCGCGCCAUCCUCACGGACCAGCCCAUGAUCUGCACGCCUCGCAUCGUCUACAUGGUCAACUUCAUGAAAAGCAUCCUGCCCUUCGAGGCCAUCGUGUGCAUGUACCGCUUCCUCGGCGCCGACAAGUGCAUGUACCCCUUCCUGGCGCAACGGAAGGAGGCCAUGAACAACAACGAGGCCAAGAACGGGAUCUAGGCGGGAAAGGGGCAGCACAUAAUCCUGCGAGCACGAGGAGGACACGACCACUGUGGAGGGAAGGGUGGGCGGAAAGACUGAAUGUGGGCUGGUGCACUUGCAUUGGGCAAAUGCAAAGGUUUACCAUAUUGUUCCUCUGGGACAAAGAAAGCUGUGUACUACACAAUGGAGUUAUUUGUCGUUUUGUGUGUGUGUGUGUGUGUGUGUGUUUUUUUUGUUUUUUUUUUUUUAAAGAGAGACAUCUAUAUACUGUCACUAGUUUUGAAGUCGUACAGAAACGGUAUCCAAUAAUUAACUAUUUAGUCACCAGCUUAUCUAGCGUCAUUGUGAGAGUAUACAGUAUGUUACUGUACAGACAGUAAAACAUUUUCACUUUUCAUUUGUUUUUAUUUUUUUGUAGACAUGCACUGUAAUUUUCUAAUCUUUCUCAACACUGCCCACCUUUUCAACAAGUUCCACGCUUUAUUUAAAAGCCGUGUUCUUUGUUGCGGCCCUGUCCCAGAAGUAACACAAGUGUCCGUUUGUCCCGUUCAAAGUGUCUUUAAAUGUUGUGACCCAAAUGACUCUCCCCGUGUGACGGAUGGGGGAUGACAGUGUUUGAAAAGUUCAAUGACAUUCCAACAGGCAUCAUUCCUUCAGUCACAGCAAUGAGCCUAAAUUCUCUACCUCUUAUUAUUUCUUUGGACAGUAUGACAUAAACCUUUUGUUUGUUUUCUUUUUUUUGUAAUUUUCUGCUCCAUAGCAAAGCAAAGUGUGGUUCCGAUGUUUAGUGUCUCUACCUAACUUAAAUUAAUAAAGUGAUUUAGAUUAUUACAAAAUGGUG